GUAAGCAAGCUAAAGCUGUUCAUUGACCACUCCAGGAAAUGUCUCAAUGAGGCAUUCUGUAAAGAGGCUGUAUCAGGACAGUGCAGAGCAAUAACGUAUUUUUACAAUGCGUUGAGAUGACAGCUGACCACAGCACUCGGGUGUCCUUGAUAGAUUAUUAACAAAGGGAAAUGAUCUUUAUAGUCUUAGGAAGACUUCAGGUGGAGUAGGUUGGCUGCUGAUUAGGCAGAGCGGAGUCUGUGUGAGGCACUGCUGGCCACCUUACCGUGACUGGAAACCAAAUGGGAAUACAAAAUUUUGUUUUGAUUUUGUUCUUAAUGCAAGUGUGGUUGUCUUAUAACACUUUUUCAUGCACAGCUGGACUAUUGUGAGAUAUUCCCCAAGUACAACCGCCUGCAGCUCCAAGUGUAACGCACACAGUACCUUCUCUGCUUGAACUCACCAUGGUUGGUACAGGUGGUCCAGUGGCCACCUUCGCCGUGUGGGACUAUGUGGUGUUUGCCGGGACAAUCCUUGGAGCGGCAGCCAUUGGCCUUUUCCAGGCCAUCCGAGGUCGCAAGGAGACGAGCAGUGAAGAGUUCUUAUUGGGCGGGCGGCAGAUGACAGCGGUACCGGUGGCGAUGUCGCUAACAGCCAGCUUCAUGUCCGGCAUCACCGUCAUUGGCACACCUGCCGAGGCAUACUUAUAUGGGGCGUCCUUCUGGUUGUUUGCCUUCUCCCACGCCAUCAUGUCCACUCUCACUGCUGAGAUUUUUGUGCCCCUUUUUUACAGACUGCAGAUCACCAGUGCCUAUGAGUACCUGGAGUUACGUUUCAGCCGGCCCAUUCGAAUAAUUGGGACUUCAGUGUACAUCUCACAAACGACCCUGUAUACCGGCUUGGUCAUCUACGCUCCAGCUCUUGCACUAAAUCAAAUCACUGGACUUGACCUGUGGGGAGUGCUGGUGGCUACGGGGGCAGUGUGUAUCAUCUACUGCACUUUGGGCGGCCUGAAAGCAGUCAUUUGGACCGACGUGCUCCAAAUGGUGAUCAUGCUGACGGGUUUCGUGGCUGUAAUAGCGAGAGGGGCUGUGCUGCAGGGGGGCCUGGCCAACAUUUGGGAAGAUGCCAGGCAGGGAGGCAGGCUACAGGCGUUCGACUUUGACCCCGAUCCACUGAAGCGACAUACUUUCUGGACCAUCACAAUUGGUGGAAGCAUGAUGUGGGCGUCAAUCUACGCCAUCAACCAGUCCCAGGUGCAGCGCUACAUCUCCUGCAAAACACUGAGCCAUGCUAAGAUGUCUUUAUAUGUAAACAUGGUGGGCUUGUGGGUGACUGUGACUCUGGCUAUGUUGUCCGGAUUCGCCAUGUACUCCAUUUACAAGAACUGCGACCCGUUUACAAAUGGUGAUGUGAACACCACAGACCAGUUACUUCCGUACCUUGUCAUGGACAUUUUGGCAGCCUAUCCAGGAAUCCCUGGUUUGUUUGUGGCUGCUGCAUACAGCGGGACCCUGAGCACAGUGUCUUCUAGCAUUAACGCCCUUGUUGCCGUCACUGUGGAAGACUUCAUUCUUCCCGUUUGCAAAAACCUGACACAGAAGCAGAAGACAUGGAUGAACAUGGGCCUAAGUGUAUUCUUUGGCGCUCUGUGUAUCGGGAUGGCUGGCGUUGCUUCAUUGAUGGGAAGUGUUCUGCAGGCCGCUUUCUCCAUAUUUGGCAUGAUCAGCGGACCUCUUCUUGGGCUGUAUCUAUUAGGCAUGCUUUUCCGCACAGCUAACUCCAUAGGAGGCAUUUCAGGAGUGAUCCUCAGCCUGGUCUUGACUCUGUGGGUGGGGAUCGGAGGCCAGAUUUACCCUCCAACAACUGCCAAGACAAACCCCCUGCCACUUAGCACUUUGGGCUGCAACAGCACAAACCAGUAUAACACGACAACAGCAGUUCCCUGGACCAGUCCGGUUACCCUGCAACCUGAAGUUAGGCCUCCUUUAGCAGACUCGUUCUACUCUCUGUCCUACCUCUACAUCUCUCUGGUGGGCGUACUGACCACAGUCGUGAGCGGACUCUUGGUGAGCGCGAUCACAGGUGGCUGCAAGCAAAAGAAGCUGAAUUCUAAUCUCUUUGUGAGGAAAAGUGACUUGAUUUGUUUCAGAUGGAACAGAAAAUCACAGGCAUCUGAGAAAACAGAGAAGGAUUCAGUACAGUGGAAGCACACGGAAGCCAACAAGUCAGGAUUUUCACACCAUGACUGGGUGAUGGAAGAUGUUGUGAAAGCGACCAAACUUUAAGACAAGGGUGUCCAAAGUGUGGCCUACAGGAAUAAAAUGGGAAUAAGAGCACAAACGUCACAUGUAAAGAGAAACAGCUGAAAUGUUGACACAGUUUUUGCCGAUUGCUUACACAUAUUUAGCAAAAUUUGGCUCGCUGUAUCAAAACUCACACAUAAGCAACAUAAGACACAAAACUUCACAGCUCUGUCAAAAUGAAACGCAACAAAACCCAUUCUAGCAACAAAAGCAUACACACAUGUACCAUUUUGAAACACAAUGUAGAAUUAGCAGCAACGGACUGAUGGGUUAUAUACAAAACACUCAAAAUAUUUGUAUUUAUUUGUCCCAAACAGCUGAAAGUUACAGUAUUUAGCAAAACCUCAUUACAGUACAGUACUUUACAGAAGUAUUUAGAGUGAGAGGAUUUCAAAAUUAUGGCAUGCCACCUUCUGUACAGAGGAUGUGGCCCGCAUUGCGGUUUACCAAUCGCAAUUGUCAUCACAAGUACUGGAUGUGUGAGUGUUUUUCCAAUGAUACAAAGGUAUUUUGUCCUUCAUUGUGUAAUGGAGGAAACUGUGUGUAAUGUUCUGCAACAACUGUGUUAAGAAUUGCAAGCAAAGUGCAGAAGGUGUGUUAAGGUAUUGUCACAUUGCGUUUUAGCUAUUGUUACAAGGCGUUUUGGUUUUGAAGCUUUGGUCUAAGCAUCCACUUUUUGGGUGUAAGCAGCUGGCAAAAAUUGUCAUAAAACAAAGCAUUUUCUUUAAAUGUAUAUAUUUUUUAGUCUUUUCCGCUAAAUUUAAAACUAAUAAAAAUGACAUAGUUGCCCCCACAUAUCCUUUUAUUUUCACUUUGUGGCUCUUGGUGGAAAAAGUUUGGACGGACCUGCUCCAAGAUAAAAUCAGCACAUGGCACCUAUGAGAUGUAUUUAGCAUAAAUAGGAAAGGGGGCCCUACUGUGGGAGAUUUGUUUAGCUUUGUUAUGUUCAUGCACAUAAGACAGUUUGUAAUCUAUUAAAAUCAAAUGUAAUGUUAUUGACAAAUAUGGAUUUCACUGGGGUCAAAUUUUUGUGAUGAAUCUACUAACUCACUGCUAGACGUCCUCAAAUCGUACCCACUGUUGGUAUGACAACAAACGCACAAUAUUAACGACACUGGCACCAUGUUUGUUUGAUUACUGCUGCUGCUGACCAUGUUUUAUAGUCAUGUUUAAAAUUGUAUUUUAUGACUAUAUUGUUAAAUGUUAUUGCACAGUAAGUUGUAUUUGUCACCUAUUUUGUGUAUUCUUU